UUUCUGUAUAGUUAAUAACCCAACUCCCAUCAGUCAUCACCCACCUUCAGUCUUGCCUUCAUCCACUUCGAUUACAUCCACAUUUCCCUUUCGGUUUUUGAUUCUUUUGCUAACCACAAAAUGCUCACUUAGUAACCUUCGCCCUCCACAUACAAGUACUUGGUUUAAAUUUAAACCCCAUCUAUAAAUUCAGGUGGAUUAUGGUCAGGAUAGAACUACUAGCGUGUCUCAUGGGGAACACUACAAGAUCUGUUUUUCGCUUCGCGGGGAAGUUAACCAAUGACUUGUUGAGUUUUCUCGUGUUUUGUAUGCUUGAUGUUCUUGAUAUUGUUUUGUGUUAUGUGUACAAGAUUGUUGAUUUCUUUGUGGAGGAUGAAUGGAAGCCGUGUUAUUGUUCGUCUCCAAAAGAGGCGAUCAUUAACACGGGUAACAUUUUGGUGAAGGAGAAGGGAGAGGCGGAGAAGAUUGUUUGUGUUACUUCUAACAAGUUGCAGCUUGAGGAGAUAUCGGAUACGCUUUAUUCGCGGCCUUCGUUGGUGGUGGAAGUGUCGAAAACCACGGUGAAAAGGCGGAAUGUGGUUGUUAGUAAACCGGUUGGUCAAUCACCAUUUGUGGUGGAAAUGCUUCAAGAGAAGAUUGGUGGACAUAGAUCGCACCCUGUCCCACGAUGGUCGGAUUGCGAUUGUGAGACGUGUAACUCGUGGUUGAAUUCGUGUAAAGAUACUCUCUUUGUUCAUAUGGAAGGCCGGAAAGAUAACAUUAACGAGAAUGUAUUGUUUAUUCACGGGUUUAUAUCGUCAUCUGCAUUUUGGACGGAGACAUUGUUCCCUAACUUCUCGAGAUCGAUCAAAUCAAAAUACAGAUUAUUCGCAAUCGAUCUUUUAGGGUUUGGCAAAAGCCCGAAGCCUCAUGAGUCGCUCUACACGAUGAAGGAGCAUUUGGACAUGAUCGAGAGGUCGGUUAUUGAACCCAACAAGGUCGAAUCAUUUCACAUUGUGGCGCAUUCCCUAGGGUGCAUUCUAGCGCUCGCCCUCGCCGUUAAAUACCCAAAGUCAGUCAAGUCAAUAACCUUACUCGCACCGCCAUAUUUUCCAGCACCAAAAGGCGAAGAGGCGACACAAUAUAUGAUGCGAAAGGUGGCGCCACGACAGGUGUGGCCGUUGAUCGCUUUCGGGGCAUCAAUGGCUUGUUGGUACGAGCAUGUUAGCCGGACAAUUUGCUUGCUGAUCUGCAAGCACCAUCGUACAUGGGAAUUUCUAACCAAACUCAUCACCAGAAACAGGAUAAGGACGUACUUAAUCGAAGGAUUCUGCUGUCACACACAUAAUGCUGCAUGGCACACCCUUCACAAUGUUAUAUGUGGGACGGCCUCAAAAAUCGAAGGGUACUUGGACAUGGUUCAAAACCACUUAAACUGUAGCGUGAAUGUGUUUCAUGGUCAAGACGACGAGCUCAUCCCAGUUGAAUGUAGUGAUAAUGUCAAGACCAAAGUCCCUCGAGCAAAUGUUAGGGUUGUUGAGAAGAAGGAUCAUAUCACUAUCGUCGUUGGACGUCAAAAAGCCUUUGCUAGAGAACUAGAACAAAUUUGGAAGACCGCGAGAAACAGUUAAUCACUUGACUUGGUGGCAUUUGGUAGAUCUAGUAAAUCUUUAUUUUUCCAUUAUUUGUCUUUUUAGAAGAACAAAAGCAAACUCACAUUUAAGAUUAGCAAAAAAAAAA